AUGGCAACACUGCUGAAAGCUUUCGGUCGCUUCUUCACGAAGCAUCCUUUGGCGGGAAAUGGACUCGUGUAUGGGACGCUGUACGUCGGUGCAGAAUUUUCGCAACAAACAAUUACGCGAAAGUUCUUGACCGACCCGCCACAAGAUAUUGAUCGACCAACGCUAGCACGAUACGCUGUCAUGGGAACGUUCAUAUAUUCCCCAAUACUUUACAACUGGUACAAAUGGUUAGAUAAAACCUUCCCCGGCACUGCCAAACGUAUUAUAGUGAAAAAAUUGCUGCUGGAUCAGUUUGUGCUAACUCCUCCGCUGCUAGUGAUAUUCUUUACCGGAAUGUCCCUAAUGGAACAACAAUCAUCCAUCACCGAAGAGUGCCGUCAAAAGUUUGUGCCGACGUUUGCACGAUCCUGCCUGUUUUGGAUACCGGCCCAAACGCUCAACUUUGUCCUCGUGCCACCAAAGUUCCGCGUGGUUUACGUGGGUUCAUGUGCCUUCGCUUGGGUGAACAUUUUGUGCUGGGUUAAGCGGCAAAAGAUGCUCAGCACGAAUUAA